GCGAGGAUCGGUGACGUGAGCAAUCUGGUGUUAGUGGGCGGGGCGGCCAGUGACGUUGUCGGCGGCAGUGGCUCUGGAGCCAGGCUGAGUUAAUGUCUGCUGGCUUGUUUGCUUCACUGGGCCGGUGGCAGUUACUGAACACACUCCGAUUGAUCCGGGGUUUGCCAACAAUUAAUUUGCAUACAACUGGAGUGGCCAUGAUUGCAACAGAAGCUGAAUUUGAACGUGCAAAGGAUAAAUUGAAAACUUUACAGAGAGAUCCUGGAAAUGAAGUAAAAUUGCAGAUAUAUGCAUUGUUUAAACAGGCAACACAAGGUGCCUGUGAUUCACCAAAGCCAAGUAUGUUGGACUUCGUCAACAAGGCAAAAUGGGAGGCUUGGAAUUCACUUGGGAAAACAUCCAAGGAGGAAGCUAGACAGAAGUAUGUGGAUCUCAUAGAAUCACUGGUUUCUGCAGAGGUACUCACACAGAAUAAAACCACUGCCACAGAAGACCUGACAGCAUCAUUCCAGACACUUAAGGUCACAACUGAAAACAACAUCACCACUAUUAUGCUAAACAGACCAGAGAGAAAAAAUGCAAUUUCAAUCACGAUGUAUGAGGAAAUAAUGAAGGCACUGAAGCAAGCUGCGAAUGAUGAUUCUACACUGACUGUAAUGACAGGCAGUGGGGAUUAUUACUGUAGUGGGAAUGACUUGUCUAACUUCACUAAUAUUGGACCAGAAGAUUUGGAACCGAAGUCCAAGAAGUCAACAGCACUACUUAGGAUGUAUGUAAGCCAUUACAUUGAUUUUCCAAAGCCACUGAUUGCUGUCAUUAAUGGCCCUGCUAUUGGAGUUGCUGUCACCGUUUUAGGAUUAUUUGAUAUAGUCUAUGCCACUGAUAAAGCCACAUUCCACACACCAUUCAGUCAACUUGCCCAAAGUCCGGAAGGCUGCUCAUCUUACACUUUCCCUAAGAUGAUGGGUACCACUAAGGCCAAUGAAAUUCUUCUGUUCAACAAGAAAUUAACAGCCACUCAAGCUUGUGAGCUUGGACUAGUGACCGAGGUCUUCCCUGACAGUACAUUCCAGAAAGAAGUUUGGAAAAGAUUGCAUACUUAUGCAAAACUACCCAAGAAUUCUCUGGUAUUUUCAAAGCAACUAAUAAGAGGUGUUGAAAAGGACAUAUUGCAUUCUGUCAAUGCCCAAGAGUGUGAGCGGCUGAGUGAGAGAUGGUUAUCUGAAGAAUGUAUGAAGGCCAUCAUGAACUUCUUUGAAAAAAAGGCAAAGUUAUGAUUCAGCUUCUUCCACACUCUGACAUUAGGAAAUUGUUGAUUGUCCAUUACUUUGCCUUUAUUCUUUGGAUUAUGUUUUAAUUUUAAUCAUUCUAUAAUUCAUGAGUAAAAUAUUGUGAUACAGUAAAACUUGUGGUUUUGUUCUGAUAAUCGUCCAUCCACACACAGUUUAAAAUAUGUGUUUAACAUGGUAUUUUGGCAAAUUAUUAAUAGUGAUGAAGAGAAGGGAUUGAAAGUGGAAACAGAAUCAGAAUGAAUGAAAUUAAAACAAUGUACAAUUUCAAGUUUUUCUUUUAUGUUAAAAGUUAUAAUCUUUCAUCAUAAAUGAAUAAUACCAUAAGCAAUAAAAAGGAACUUUUGGAAGUCUAA